AUGGCAUCCAAAGCAGCACCACCCCCCGUGCCUGGCCCCUCAACGCCCCUCCUCCCAUCCAGCAGUGCCCGCCGUCAACCCAUGCGACAAGCCCGCACCAACCCCGUGCGAAAAACCGCCGCGCACCCCAAACUCGGCGGCGGAAGUGGCAGCAACAUUAAUGGCAGUGGCAGCCGUCUCACCAACGGCACCAACCCACACGCAGGCCACCCCACACCCUCCACCCAGCCUCCGGCAAAGUUCUACCCCGCCCUCACAGCGUUCACAGAUGCCGUCGACGCUCUCCCGUCCGAAACGAUCCGCCACUUUACGCUCCUGCGCGAGGUGGACGCGAAGGCGUACGGGCCCGAGGCCGUCCUGCGCUCGCUCAUCACGGCCGCGCAGGAGCUCCCGGCCCCCGACGACCCCUACGAGUUUGAUCCAGCGCUGGAGGCAAUGAAGCAGCUCGACGAGCUCCAGCGACGGCGGGACGAGCUCACCACGCCCGCCGAGGCCAUGCUCCUGCAUGAGCUUGAAGCCACCCAGGCGGCUGAGAUCACGGCGGGGGCCAAGACGAUCCUGGGCCAUGCUGAGACGCGGCGGUCGCGAUGUCUCCAGAUGCGGACGCAGAUCUCGGAGAUCCUUGUGACGCUGGACGAGAAGAUUCAUGUCAUAACGACGGCGUACGAGGCGCUGCAGAAGCAUCUCCAGCGGAUCGAUCACGCGUAUAGCUAUGUGCAGCACGAGAUCCCGGAUUUGUAUCGGCUGGGCAGCACGGAGCACUGGGCCUACAAGGAGCCGGUUAAGAAGGGGACAGCGGCGGCACAGGCUCGGGCGGCCGAGCGCGCGCAGAGGGAGGCAGAGGAGAGGCAUCAUGCUGCGCAGCAGCAGAGGGAGUUGGAGACGUCAAAUACGCGCUCGGAAACUAGACGGGAGGCACUACUACGGCAGAAGGCGGCGGCAGCCCAGCAACAACAGGCGGCAGCGGCAGCAGCGGCAGCAGCAUCGGCUCAUGAGGAGGAUGAGCAGGCCCCAAGAGACCAGAACCACCACGCUCAGCCGACAAAGAAGUUGCACGGAAACUCAAAAAUACGGAAGGAACAGGAGGCCCUGGCAUCGGCAAAGCGGAUGGCCGAGCACCAAUCGGCGAACGGGGGUGGUGGGCUCAUACCGGCUGCUGCUGCAGCUGCAGCAGCCGCAGCCGCUACAGCGACUACACCGCUUGUUCCGCCGCAGCAGAAGAGACGAAAGACGACGAAUACGACAAAGGAGACGCCGACGGCGGAGAAGGUGUCGGCACCGGGGACGGCGACAAAGGGCGCGGUCAGCCCGAGGGCGGGCACGCCGGCGAGUACGACAAGCAAGAGGGGAGGGAAGUCGGGAUCUGGGGCGGGAGCGGGUAGAGGGGGACGAAGCAGGAACCCCGGCCCCGCCACGGCUACAAACACCGCGCCCGCACCCGCCACAACCACCACCACAACCGGCACACCCGCGCACCCCGCGCAGACACCAACCUCCGUCGCCGCAUCCUCACCGCAUCUGGGACCCCCGCAACCCCACCCCCACCGCCGCCGCCGCCUCUACCACCGCAGCUGCCGCCGCAGAGGAAGGCACAAUAGCACCACCCCCCCGGUCCCCGCGGCGAGGAGGAACAGCAAAGUCACAGGCCCCCCACCAGGCCCAGACGCAUUCCGCGAUGACCGCAACGACGUAGUCAUGGGCGGCACCAUCGCCGCCGCUGCAGACCCGCACCAGCACCCCCAGGCGCACGCGCCAAAAGCGUACACCACAGAAACAGCAGAGAAGCCAGCGGGCGGCAAGCGGCGAAAGGACCUACAGACGCACCACAGCAUCACUGUCGCCAGCAGCAACCCCGACGAGAUGCAAGGCGUCGAGAUGGAGCACCCGCACCCCCACCCACACGGGCACGGGCACGGGCACGGGCAUGGACACGGGCAUGGACACGGCGGCCACGGCGGCCACGCACGAAAAGACUCCAGCGACCGCAAAGACGACAAGAAGCGCAAACGCCACGACGACGCCGCCUCCACCGUCUCCACCACCACCGCUACCACCACUACCGGCGCCUCCCACGACGCACCAGAAAAAGAGAAGCCGUCCACCACCACCAAAUCGCACUCCAAGGCGCGUCCCUCCACCUCCGACAGCGGCGGGCCGAAGCGCGCACGUAAGCGCGCAGACUCGUCUGCCGCCGCUGUUGCUGCUAUGAAGAUUGAGGAGCCGGAGCCGGAGCCGGAGGACGAUGCGGAUGCGGAGGCGGACGCGGAGGACGAUGAGGAUGAGCCUGUAUAUUGUUACUGCCAGCAGGUGAGCUAUGGGGAGAUGGUGGCGUGUGAUGGGGAGAGUUGUCCCCGGGAGUGGUUUCAUCUGGAUUGUGUGGGACUGCAGCAGGCGCCGAGGGGGAAGGCGAAAUGGUAUUGUAAUGAGUGUAAGGAGAAUAUGUUGCGUGUGAGGAGGACGGGGAGUAGGGCUUAG